UGGGGAAAAAAACCUGUAACUCGGCUAGGGUGGGUGGGAUGGAACUUAUCCCCAAAUAAACCGCUAAAGAUGAUUUAACCUUAUCCUCUACACCUCUACCCCCAAUACAGCAAAAUUCAGUUUUUCUUGCCCUCUUUCGGACCAUGGCUCCAAAAAGCUCUUCUUUUGAGAACAGAACCACCUCCUCUCUUCUUUCUCCCAAACCCUAGAUCUCAUUUACCCAGAAAACUUCCUCUGAAUCACAGUAUACACGUCCUAAAUUCCAUAUGUUAUUGACAUUUUGGAAUAAGUUGAUAUAUAUGUCGUUUCCCCAAUUCGAUUCAACAUUCCACGAAUUCCCCCCAUUCAAACGAUGAUUUCAAACCCCAAUUCCAUCUUCUACGCCUGUAUUGCGAGCAAAACCACGAUCUUGGCCGAAUUCAACACGCACGACGCCGAUCUCGCAACCCUAGCUCUCAAAUGCCUCGAAAAGGCCCCACCUUUACACACCUCCUUCUCCCAUACGAUCAGAAACAAAACAUACACUUUCUUGAUCGAAGAACCCUUCGUAUAUUUCUCAAUCUCUGAUGAAGCCCUAGAAAACCCAGAAGUCCUUUUCUUCCUCAAAAGCGUCAAGGAAGCGUUUGAUCAGAUAGUUGGUCAUAUGACUGACUUAGCGUUUGUUGAGAAUUUGAGUUCCCAUUGCUUUCAAGGGGAAUUCAAUCCGAUUUUCCACCAAUUGUUGGCACCUCACGCAGCGGACUUGGAAGGCCCGAAUUCGAGAAGGGAGGUGUUGUACCAUGAGCGUAGUGGGAGUUUGGAUUCGCCGAGGGGGAAGAGGAUUGGAUCGGUGCCUUUGCUUGGGGGAGGGGCGGAUUCGGCUAUGAGCUUGAAGAAGAAGAAAAAGAGAAGGAAUAAUGUCAAUGAUGGUGAAUCCAAUGGGGAAGAGAAAGAUGUGUUUGGUGAGAACAAGGUUGAUGUGUUUGAUGAUGGUGGUGGUGGUGGUGGUGUUUUGAGCAGGGACUUUUCGGUGUCGAUGGCGAAGAGCAGCGGGUUGUUUGCCGGGGAUUUGGGGCAGCAGAAGGCCAAGAAGGUUUGGAAGAAGCAUGUUUGGGUGGUUUUGUCGUUUGAUUUGAUUGUGUGCACCAUCUUGUUUGGGGUGUGGUUGUGGGUUUGCAGGGGAUUCAAGUGCAUUGAUGGUUGAAUUGAAUUGGGUCUGGGUGUUGUUCUGCCCUGGUUUUUGGGUAAUAUUGAUUUCUCUGGAUUGAAGUUCAAUUCUAUACUCUUGUACGUGUCGAAUUGUUGUUGAGUUUCUACUGGUAACGUCUGUGUUUUCUGGCUAGGGAAUGCAGUCUUAAGGUUAUAGUUUUCUCUUUAUACGAUUCCUAUUAUGCCUCGAGGAUACUGGGAUUUUGUGGUCUACAUAUGCAAAUAUUGUUUCUUUUAUGGUAAUUUUGUACUCCCAAGUGAUAUGGUGGAUUUGAAUUGAAUGUUUUGGAGCA